AAAUUUCAAUUUUUUUUCAAAAAUGCUGACAGGGCCUUAGUUUCCUGCUUUCUACCUCUUCACCUCCCAAACAAAACCACCGUGACCCUUCUCUCUCGCACUCAGACAAACACAGAAUCAUCUCUUUAAAUUGAAAGUACAAAACUUAUUUCCCUUUACGUUACAUGCACUUAAAAUCUCCUUUCUUGAUUUUAACGACCCCAAAAUCUAGUCCUUAUCUUGUUGAUCUUUGGUUCUCCCGUCAAGAGGUGAGUUGUUUUGUGCAAAUAAGAUGAAUUUCCCAAUAAUGUAAUACCAGUAAAGUGAAGCUUAGAAUGUCAUUGACUGAUGCACCGCUGCCAAUUCCACACGUGCCCUAAAGAAAGACAGCAAUGCAAAACCAUUGGAUGAUAAUUAUCUUGCCAUUCCAUGGAUAUCACACAGAUGCUUUCCCUGCCUUUAAUUUCCUACUUAGAUGGGCUGUCUUCCGUGAGCAUGUAGAGGCUAUCUUCCGUGAUCUGAAUUUGUUGUCUGACGCACACUGCAUCCAUAAAUGGCCAAUAAUCCUCAAUUCUCUGGAAUACAGCCUCUUCAGCCUCCUCUGGUUGGUUCAAUGGAUCCUCCUCGAAAUUUGUUUCCACCACCACCAAUGCCUGUUCAAUUCCGACCCAUUGUUCCAGUGCAGCCACAACAAUUCAUUCCUGCGAGUUCUCCACACUUUCAGCCUGUUGGCCGGGGUGUCACUGUGAUGAAUGCGGGAUUGCCUCCUCAACCCCCACAACCUCAAUUUCCUCAUUCAAUGCAGCAGUUACCAGCUAUACCUAACCGGCCAAGCCAUGGUCCUCCACCACCACCACCACCACCACCACAGGCAAUUCUAUUGCCAAAUGCUCAGCCAAACAGGCAUGUCAUGUCUGGAUCUCCACUGCCUCCACAUAGUGUUCAAACUCCAAACAACUAUAUGCCUAGUUUAGGUGGCUUGGGAGUGCCUCUAUCUUCAUCGUAUAAUUUUGCACCAUCUUCACAUGGUCAACCACCCAUAACAUUUAAUGCUGUAUCUCAAUAUCAGCCUAUGCCUCAAAUGCAUGCACCGUCUAUUCCCUCUGGAGGACAGCCAGCAUUACCAUCCACGAACCAGAACACUGCACUUGUUUCGCCUAUACAGCACAAUGGUGAACAGUCUUCAAUUACCACUGCCAGUGUUCUGGCAACUGGUAUCCAGCCUAGGCCGACUGAAGAAGCCUUGACAGAGUGGAAAGAACAUGCAUCUGCUAAUGGAAGGAGGUUUUAUUACAACAAGAGGACAAAGCAAUCUAGUUGGGAGAAGCCUUUCGAGUUAAUGACACCAAUUGAGAGGGCAGAUGCAUCAACUGACUGGAAGGAAUUCACAAGUCCUGAUGGACGAAAAUAUUACUACAACAAAGUUACCAAGCAGUCAAAAUGGGAAAUCCCAGAAGAAUUGAAGUUGGCCCGUGCACAAGUAGAAAAGCCAUCUAUCAUGGAAACACAGUUGAAUGUCUCUGCUAAUUCUCAUGCCCCUACUUCUGUUCUUCCAUCCAUGGGUAAGGCACCAUCUAGUGCCGAUGCUUUGUCUUCUACAGCUCAAGGGGCACCAUCAAGUCCAGUUCCUGUUAAACCUGUUGCUGUUGCUGGUAACUCGCAAUCUCAGUUCGCUUCUGAAUCAUCAGCCGUACCUGUUAUGUCCUCUUCCAUGACGACCAAUGCAGAUGAAGUUCAGACAACCGAGAGUCCUGUUGCUGGUGUUCCAAAAAAUGCUGAAAUCAAUGCUACAGCAGUUAACACAAUAACUGCACCAAUGAGCGACAGCUUUUCUGCUCAUGAUAAACCUGGUUCAAAAGAUGAUGCUCCUGCCCAAGAUAAACAGGAAGCUGAAAAAGACGUUGUCAUAGAUGAAAAGGUUAACAAUGUUACAUUGGAAGAGAAAUCAGUUAAUCAGGAUCCCUUACUUUAUGCUGAUAAGCUGGAGGAAAAAAAUGCAUUUAAAGCACUUUUGGAGUCUGCAAAUGUUGGGUCUGAGUGGACCUGGGACCAGGCCAUGAGAGUAAUAAUUAAUGAUAAAAGAUAUGGUGCAUUAAAAACACUUGGAGAGCGGAAGCAAGCAUUUAAUGAGUUCUUGGGUCAGAAGAGAAAACAGGAAGCCGAGGAAAGGAGGGUUAAACAGAAAAAAGCACGGGAAGAAUUCAAGAAAAUGCUAGAAGGGUCCAAAGAGCUGACAGCAUCCAUGAGAUGGAGUAAAGUAGCGACUCUGUUUGAAAAUGAUGAGCGGUUUAAAGCUGUUGAACGGGAAAGAGACCGUAGAGAUCUGAUUGAAACCUACUUGCAGGAAAUUGAAGAAAAGGAACGAGCAAAGGCACAUGAGGAGCGCAAGAGGAACAUCAUGGAAUACAGGCAGUUUUUGGAAUCGUGUGAAUUUAUAAAGGCAAGCACCCAGUGGCGAAAAGUACAGGAUCGGUUAGAAGCUGAUGAAAGAUGUUCACGCCUUGAAAAAAUUUAUCGCUUAGAAAUUUUUCAGGAUUAUUUACAUGAUUUGGUGAAGGAAGAAGAGGAGCAAAGGAAGAUACAGAAGGAAGAACAAAGAAAGGCAGAGCGUAAAAAUCGUGACGAGUUCCGCAAGCUGCUUGAAGAACAUGUUGCUUCAGGCACUCUUACAGCCAAAACUAACUGGCGAGAUUAUCACCUAAAGGUUAAAGAUUUGCCUGCAUAUGUGGCUGUCGCUUCAAAUGCCUCAGGUUCAACUCCAAAAGAUUUGUUUGAAGAUGUCUCUGAGGAGCUACAGAAACAAUAUCAUGAGGACAAAACUCGGAUAAAGGAUGUUGUAAAGUUGAAAAAGGUUACUUUGGCAUCAAACUGGACACUUCAGGAUAUGAAGGUUGCUAUUAUCGAGGAUGUUAACUCUCCACCUAUAUCAGAUGUGAACCUAAAGAUGGUAUUUGAUGAGUUGCUGGAAAGAGCAAGGGAAAAGGAGGAGAAAGAAGCCAAGAAGCGUAAACGUCUUGCGGAUGAUUUUCUCAAUCUACUACAGUCUAUCAAGGAUAUAACUGCAUCUUCAAAGUGGGAGAGCUUCAAGGAAAUCUUUGAAGGAAGCCAAGAGUACAGUUCCAUUGGUGAAGAAGCCUUCUGCAGGGAGAUGUUUGAGGAAUAUAUAUCCCAACUGAAAGAACAGCAGAAGGAGAAUGAGCGGAAACGAAAGGAGGAAAAGGCAAAAAAGGAAAAAGAGAGAGAUGAAAGAGAUAGGAGGAAAGCUAAGCAUAGAAGCGAAAAGGAGAGGGGACAUGAAAGAGACAAGGAGCACACAAGGAAGGAAGAAGCUGAUGUUGAAAUCUCUGAUACAACAGAAACUCAAGUUUGUAGUGAUAAGAAAAGAUCUGGGAGUGACAAUAGCAGCAGGAAACAGAGGAAGAGGCAUCAAAAUGCUGUGGAUGAUCUGGAUGAAAGUGAGAAGGAUCGGUCCAAGAGCUCCCAUAGACAUGGCAGCAAUGACCACAAAAAAUCAAGAAGGCAUGGUUCCACCCCUGAGUCAGACAGUGAAAGCAGGCACAAGAGACUGAAGAAAGACCACCGUAAUGGUUCUCGUAGAGCUGGUGAUAAUGAGGAUCUCGAAGAUGGGGAAUUUGGUGAGGAUAGGGAAACUCGGUAGUCCAAUCACUUUUGACCUGUGAGAUUACUGUUCCUGUCUUUGGUUGGAUGAUAGGCUGGUUUACUAGUCUCUGUUUAUUUGUGCGGCCUCGUCAAAUACACAUUGGCCAACUUGUACCAAUAACUUUAUGAUGCCAGUGGUUGCUGCGGUGAACUGGUACUUUUCUGCUUUUAUAUGAAUGAGAUACUGUAUUGUAUCAUGCUGUAAGAACUACGAUUCCUGCUUUCAAACUCGUUCUCCUUCAGCCAUAGGUAAAAUAGAGGUGAUUGUGGUAAAUAAAUGAUGAAUUGAAAGGAGAAAAGAAGUUUAUGGAAAUUGGAGAAUUAUCCAUAAGAAGCUAACAAUGAAACCAGCUCUAAUGGUGCCACAGUGGGCAUAUUUUUACAUGGAAAUUGUGAUGUUGCAGUCUGGCUGAUAAUCCAAAAAGUUGACCCUUUGAAUAACACGCCCAUCAAUAGAAAGUGAUGAAUUUCCAUGAAUCUUUA